CCCACCUUGCGUUAACUUUUUUUCGCGAUAACAGUUUGGAGCGAUUCCCCCACUUGCUGGCGGCCCUCCAGCUCAUCUACGGAGCACGCUUCUCUCCCCGGCUAUUUUUGCCCUUUUUUUCUCGCCUUCCCACCCCACCCGCUGUAUGUUUUCUGGCUGCUGUGCGCUAAGCUCAAGUGAAGAGGCUGAUACAGGCAAUGCUACAUCUGAUGCUAAUGGGCCUACCUGGAAGAGAAAAUUCACUCAAGAGAGACUCUACUUCAUUGCCUCAUCCUAUGGAGGAAUCACCACUGCCCAUCUACAUUGAGGAGGGGACAGAAGUCCCGAUUGAAAGCAGAAAUAUGGCAACAAAGGAAAAGCUUCAGUGCUUGAAAGAUUUCCACAAGGACAUCCUCAAACCUUCCCCCGGCAAGAGCCCAGGGACACGGCCUGAGGAUGAGGCAGAAGGAAAGCCACCCCAGCGGGAGAAGUGGGCAAGCAAGAUUGACUUUCUGCUGUCCGUGGCUGGUGGAUUUAUUGGUUUAGGCAAUGUCUGGCGGUUUCCGUAUCUCUGCUACAAAAAUGGCGGAGGUGCAUUUCUUAUACCUUAUUUCAUUUUCCUGUUUGGGGGAGGUCUUCCCGUGUUUUUCCUGGAGGUGGUGCUAGGACAGUAUACCUCUGAAGGUGGAAUUACAUGCUGGGAAAAGAUCUGCCCUAUUUUCACUGGAAUUGGUUAUGCUUCCAUAGUGAUUGUGUCCCUUCUGAAUGUGUACUACAUCGUGAUCCUGGCCUGGGGACUCUACUACCUGUUCCAGUCAUUCCAGAGCGUCCUGCCGUGGGCGCACUGCCACCAGAAGUGGAACACGCCAACCUGCGUGGAAGACACUCUCAGGAAGAACAAAACACUCUGGAUAUCACUGAAUGCCACUAACUUCACCUCUCCUGUCACAGAGUUUUGGGAGCGCAAUGUGCUGAGCUUGUCCUCAGGAAUUGAAGAUAUUGGUAUUAUCAAGUGGGAUCUAGCACUGUGUCUUCUCCUCGUCUGGGUGAUAUGUUUCUUCUGCAUUUGGAAAGGAGUCAAAUCCACUGGGAAAGUAGUGUACAUCACUGCCACGUUCCCAUUCAUCAUGCUCCUUGUUCUACUCAUCCGUGGUGUGACUCUGCCUGGAGCUGCAGAAGGCAUCAAGUUUUAUCUUUAUCCUGAUAUCUCACGGUUAGCUGACCCACAGGUCUGGAUAGAUGCAGGGACACAAAUCUUCUUCUCAUAUGCAAUCUGCUUAGGAGCAAUGACUUCCCUGGGGAGCUACAACAAGUACAAAUACAACUGCUAUAGGGACUGUUUGCUGCUGGGAUGCCUGAACAGUGGUACCAGUUUUGUGUCUGGCUUCGCAAUUUUUUCCGUCCUGGGCUUCAUGGCACAAGAGCAAGGGGUGAACAUUGCUGAUGUGGCAGAGUCAGGUCCAGGCCUGGCCUUCAUUGCCUACCCAAAAGCUGUGUCCAUGAUGCCACUGCCCACCUUUUGGGCAAUCCUUUUUUUUAUUAUGCUUCUGUUGCUUGGACUGGAUAGCCAGUUUGUUGAAGUUGAAGGACAGAUCACGUCAUUAGUUGAUCUGCACCCAUCCUUCCUAAGGAAGGGUUACCGACGGGAAAUCUUCAUCGCUAUAGUAUGUUUCCUUAGCUAUCUUCUGGGACUAACUAUGGUGACUGAGGGUGGCAUGUAUGUUUUUCAACUCUUUGACUACUAUGCAGCUAGUGGUGUAUGCCUUUUGUGGGUUGCAUUCUUUGAAUGUAUUGCUGUAGCCUGGGUUUAUGGCGCUGAUAAUAUUUAUGAUGCCAUUGAGGAUAUGAUUGGAUACAGACCUGGUCCCUGGAUGAAAUGGAGCUGGAUUGUGAUCACACCAGUUCUUUGUGUGGGGUGCUUUAUCUUUUCUUUGGCCAAAUACAAACCACUGACCUACAACAAGGUCUACACAUACCCAGACUGGGCAAUUGGCCUGGGCUGGGUUCUUGCCCUUUCCUCCAUGAUCUGCAUCCCUAUGGUGAUGGUCAUCCGCAUCAUACAGUCAGAUGGGUCGCUUAUUGAGAGGAUAAAAGCGGUGGCUGCCCCCAAGGAAGUGAAUCGGUGGUCCAAAGAAACGGAGAGUGGCACCCCCUUCUGCCCCAAUGGAACUUCGAAUGGCGGAUUGAUCAAGCCAACUCAUAUCAUUGUGGAAACCAUGAUGUGAGCUCUCUCUGUGAGAGGAUAAACCUGCUUUAACUGCCGUUUACUAACCAUAGAUUCUCAUAGGACCAGGUUUACAGAGCUUUAUAUUUGCACUAGGAUUUAUUUUUAUUUCUCACAGAGAAAGUUAUUUUUUGUGUGUGUUUUUUUUUUAAUAUUUUGUAAGGUAAUCACAGCAGAUGCCUCUCUGUAGAGGGAGAGCUUUCAUAUCAGACUAGACAUAUUACAGGAAUUUACUAUUAUUGGGUUUUUUUAAAUAUAUAUAUCUUUAUCUCUAAAUAUUAUACACCUUACCACUUGAAUUGAUUGUCUUGCCAGCAAUACAUUCAAGUCUCAGAAAGCAAUUUUAGGUGCUGGUAUGGUUGGGAGCAGGGUAACAUACAGAACACACAUAAGGAGCUCUGUUGGGAGAUAUGAUUAAAAAAAGAAGACACUGUUUCAAGAGAAUUUUCAAAGGUGUAGUAUUUCCACCCUCUGGUUCAAUUGUGGUAAACGACGGGCUUCAGGGUCACAUUAGGGAAAGGGUACAGUUAUGUUUAUCACAGUCCCUGAAUAAAGAUACAGCUGGGAAGCUGGCGUAGGAUUUGCAAGGGAGGCAAAGAAGUUGGGUGUGAAAAGCCUUGCAGCUGUGCCUCCCAAGCAUGGCAUUGGGACCCUGUCACACAGGUGAGAGGAAGACUUUAGGAAGGUGUUUGCAGGAUUUGGCAUGGUUCACUUUUUUUUUUUUCUGUUUGUUUGUUUUUUGGUUUUUUUUUUUUUUAGUUUUUUUUGGAUUUUUUUACUUAAGUGAAAUGCCUGCUGUUUGCGCAUGGGUGGUGAGGUUGAGUACCUGCUCCUGAGUUUUCUAGCAAAGCAUACUUCAGUGUGGUGGCACUGGUGUAAACUUGAAUUCUGCAAACUGGGAGGGGCAGCCUCUCCCGGGGGUGAGUGCUAAGGAGCUGGGAGGGGAAAAGCAGCACCCGCCUUCUGGGUGCUUCAGAUGUUCGUUUGCUCAUUUGUUUGCUUGUUAAUUAUUGGACUUUGGUUUCAGGCAGAAAAAUAAAAGAAUCCCUUCUGGAUUCUGACAGUCCAAAGGUGAACACAAACCAGGUCAUCCCUGACAGGAGGAACAAAACCACUCACCUACACCUGGUGUAACUGGUAUUUAUAACAGACACAUUGUUAAUAAUAAUAGUAAAGAAGAUAAUAAUAUCACUCAGCAAACAGGUGCUUUUCAUCCAUGUAUCUCAAAAAUGCUUUGCCAAGUUCAGUAACCAGGAUUUGCUUUAUUUAUUUAUUUUUAGGGCAGGGGGUUCGUCACUGUUGGGGGAACAUACAGAAGGACUAAGUCCCUUGUCCCAUGUUACUAAAUAGCAGCAGUAGACCUAGAGCCCUCAGUCUCCUUGCCCAUCAUUGUGUUAAACCAUAAUUUUAUUUUUUUUUUCGGGGGGGUGGAGGGUGGCAGACAUAUUUAUGAGGCUUAUGAAUCUUAUCUGCUGAAGAAACAGGGCUUUUGGGAUUUUAAGUUAAAGCAAAGGGAACAUGUAACACUGAAAUACUUUGUAUUUGGUCAGAAGGAAUUGUGUACCAUUCCAGGUUAGACUGGGGAGUGAAGAGAAACCACUACAGGGAGUGUAGGAACGGGAUUUCUGUUUCGUGUGGGCCGGGUGGACAUUUCUGUGGGGAAUUGCUCCCUGAAGACUGUCCAAAACAAGGGCAAAAGCUUUGGUUUUGGUUUUGUUUGUUUGUUUGGGUUUUUUUUUGUUUUUUUUUUUGUUUGUUUUUUGGGGUUUUUUUUGUUUUUUUUUUGGUUUUUUUUUUUCAAAAAAAACUUGAGCAGGUUGUGCUGGGAACAGGUUCUCUGGCAAAACUCAGCCUUUCCUUGUGGCCAUUGUAUUAGAGGGAGAGGUUUUUUCUUCUUACGAUACCACAGUUAGGCUAUCCAAAAGUAAAUAGAGGAAAUGCUUGAUAAAAGCAGAGUUUGUAUCUGCUUAUUCUGCUGUCAGCAUAGUCUGUCAGGGCAGAGUUUGUCAUUUAAACAGGAACAUAUCCAGUUCUUAACAUUCCUACACAGUAGUUUUAUUUUAUUUUUUUCUUUUCUUGUCCCAUGGGCUAACUGGCCACAGCAGCACAAAAACUUAUUGAUUAGCUUGUUGGUUUUCCUGUAACAGAAAAGGGAUGAUUUAAAACUAAGAGAUGGACCAAAAUAAUUAAAACCAAAACAAAACACAAAAAAGUGGCUGCAUCUGUAGCUUUCAAAACCUUUCUAGUUAGAAUUUGUACACAUUUUUACAUUAGAUAGCUGAGUUACAGAAACAAAACCAGCCACGGCAGAAUUGCUUUUGUUUUUUUCUGCUGGUUGCUGUAUUAUGAGAGUUACAAGUGAAACUUUUCCACAGCUGGAGAUGGCAAACAUCUAAUGACACCUGCUGGGCCAGUGGCUGUAGCCAUCUGAAGGUCACUGGAGGAAUUCUGUGAGCCAGUGGGUGUCAUCAGAUGUGCCCAAAUUAAAGAGACAUGCGUACAUCUAGUUUUAUUAUAUUUUUUAAUAGUCUUUAACCAUCAAAGGCAAGGAAACGUAAUCAACGAUAACUCUCUUAAUGGGCUCCAGCUUGAACCCUUGUUUUUGAGUUAUAGUUAGUGUCUGCAGUAAACAGGCACGCUUGCCUGGGUGUAGAGGGAGUAGCAGGUAAAGGGGUCUAAAUUAAUGGUUUCUGUGAGUGCAAAUGAAACAUUGAGUCUUGAUUUUUAUUUUUUUUAUAUAUAUAUAUAUAUGCAUUGUCAUAAAACUGUUUGAGAUAUAGUUUGCACAUCACUUUUGUGCCAUAGAGCUGAGACAAGCUUUAGGGAAAAAAUUGGUUUAGCUACAUCAAAGAUGUCUCCAGCGAGUCAGCUGGGUAUUUAGCGAUCUCCCACAUUGUGUGGAGUGUCUUUGUGUGAAGAACCAGAGGGCUAAUACUACACCUUUAAAGUACAACUACUAGAGAACUAGAACCCAGCCCCAUUUUGGUAUGAACUGUGCCAUUCAAAUCAGUCGCUUCCAUGUACCAAGUGAAAAUGUCUCGCACAUAUGCAACAACCUCGUUGAAGCGUUCUCUAUGUCAACUUCUCUGGCCCUGCUGUGCUCUUUAGCAUGACUGCAAGGGAGGGCUGGGACUCACAAAGAGCUAAGAAAUUACUGUUUCUGGAAAGCAGUUCCCCUCUCCCUUUUUCCCACCCCUCCCCAAAAAAUAUAUAAAUAAUUAAUUCUUGUUUUAUCUGGGGUUUGAGUUCCAAUGAGCACACUCACAUUUUUACAGUUUCUGGAUUUUUCCUAACAUUUUUAUCAGGUUUCUGAACUUUUCUUGGUGAUAAAUUUGCAUUUCAAUAUGAUCCUCUGCCAAAUUUAUUAAAAAAUAAUUUUUAAAAAAGUCUGUGUUUUCUACCUAUUUCUGACUGCAAAUACAACUGAUUUUUUUUUCCUAAUUUACUUGUUUAAACACUUGUGACCUUUUUUACCUGUUUUAUGUAAAUGAGGAACUAUAUAUUAAAAUGCCAUGACUAGUCAUAGAUGAACUGGUUUGGAUCCAGGGAAAACUUAGUGCAGUUUUGGCAUGAGCUCUUUAGAAGUACAUCCCUGAGUUUAAAACCAGAAUAAAACAAGCCAAAACCCACACCUUUCCAUAUUUUAUGUACCUUUGUAUUCAUGGGUUCUUCUGGGCUUGAAAACGGCAGAGUUUCAGCAGUAUUUCUUUCCAUCUGAAAUGAAAUCAAGAGAUAGUAAAAAUGUAAAGGGGAACAUUUACCCCACAAGAUUCUCCAACCCGUUUCUUGCUUUUCCCAAUUUUCCAAACUUUUUCAGUCUACCUGUCACUAGUUAUGAUCUCACUGAAUGAGCAUCUAUUGUAAGGGACUUUACCAGUAGUCUGUAUUUCAGUAUUUAAACAGUAUGAUUUCAUAAAUAGAACUGGUUUUUAUUGUGUUAUUCUCAUUUUCCUUGUGAUCCGUAGCUUUCCUUUUCAUCUGGUCCAAACAAAUUCACACACUUUGAAAAGUCCUCUUUAAAGUGUGAGAUAGUAGGUCCACAAUGGAUUUGUUCUUGUGUUGUAAAUGAAAAUGCAAAAGCCUAGCAGCUGUAUUUGCCAUCGAGAACAACGCUGGUGGUCACCCCGCAGCAGCAGCACAGCUCCUGGAGUGGAGGGGGGUUAGGAAUGGUCUGAUGAAACAGCUCAGCAAAACUGAUUUUCGCUGCUGUUCUUGGGGAGGGGAGGAAAAGAAAAAUCAUGGUGCAGCUUUAGGGUUGCUGUAACACAAAAAAAAAAAAAACAAAACCCCAACAACCACAAGCAGAGCAUUUAAUGUCACCGUCAGGAUAGCAUCUUCUGCAGCUGUUUUCAGUCCUGUGUGCAUCCUCCUUUCUCAACUGCAGACACUCCUGGUUCCUCUUCUCUGUCUUAGCAUUAGACAAGUCCAGUAGAUCUGAAGACACAUGGACAUUUCCAUUCAAUAGGCCCUUUACAAGUCUCCUCCUAGUGUGUUUUUAUUUUCUAAGGAGACUUAAGAGUUUUGGUGAGGUCAUGCGUGUCACACUUGGGUUCAAAGCUCCCACUUACUGCAUCAAUGGCAAAACUUCAUCCAUGGGAGUAGGAUUUGAAUGUUUUUGAAUAACUGAUUAUUAGCUUCCAUGUCUCGUGGUCACUGCAGGAUCACUCAUGGAGGCAUAAUGUAUAUAAAAUGUUAAAUAAGCUGUGUGUUGAAUGGAGUGGCCAAGUUAGUUAAGCAGCUCAAGUACACUUGGAAGAAAGAUGACCCUGACAUCAUUUCCAGGAGAUUCAAUGGAAGUUGCUCACUUUCAGUAAAAAAAAAAAAAUAAAUAAAUCUGUGUUUAAGUAGACUAGUAGAUGAAAUCUUCCACCAUCAUAUGCACGCACACAAGUGGGAACAUUGCUUCUAUUCCUCGGCUGCAAAUCGUGUGUAAGUCUUGUAGAGCUCUUUAGGAUGAGGAUUGGGAAGGUUUGGUCACCCCUUGCCUGCAGAGAGCCAACCUGCCAGGUUGUCCAAAUGGCCUUUCCUAAAUUAGGGGUGGUGGAAGAGAGACAGUAACAACAAAAUCCUGGAUCAGGGUCCCUCUGAGGAGGCCUUAAGGUUGGACUUGGAAACUCUCCUGUCUCCUUAUAAGCGCAACGUGGCUUCUGGUAUGGGAGCUUGGCUGUGGUGUGGGCUCAGGCAGCUGCCUUGGACUUGUUUUCUCCAAAAUCAGCAUCCAAAGCCUUGUGGCUAGGAUUGAUGUGUAGUUGUAUAGUUGUAUGUUCGCCUGAUUAAAGGUCAGGAACUGUCAGACCCUAGUAUCUUGCUUUAUUUCUUGUAAUCAAAGCUAAGAUUAAGAAAGACACUAUUCAGAUGAUUUGGUGACAGUUGACACCUAAGUAACCCAUGAACUAGUGCAAAAAAGGACUUCCUGAGCUCCCUACUUUGGUCACAAAAAUUUUCUAUAGGUAUCAAUCGUCAAUUUGAGUUUAUGGGAAAGCUUGCUCAAGAAAGACUUGAUCAUAACCAGCCCAAGCCCCCAGCUGGAAAACUGCCCAUUCAAGCCCUGCACCCUCCACCAGAUCAAGACUUUUUUGCCAGCCCCAAAAUAAUCCUAUACAUGAACAAUGCGUCUCUGCUUUUGAAGAAAAAAUAUUAAAAAUAUCUGAAUGUGUUUGUUUCUAUUAAAAAAUAAACAGAAAAAGUCAAAUUUUUGUGUUUUUUCCAAUUGUCAGUGUGAAUUGGUGAUUUCAAUUUACCCAUGUCCUAAAACAAGAGCAGAAAAAGCUUCAGACACCAUUUGACCAAAAAAAAGACAAGCUCAAAAUUUUGCAGGUUGAAAACAUUAAGAAAACAAAUCACACCCCCAUCACAGGUGGAAAACUUUAGUGACAGAUUUGCAACUGGAAAAGAGCCUGACCCUGCUUAUAUUGCUGGGCUAUUGAAUGGCAGAGCAGAUAUAGCUUUUUUAUAUCGCUGAUAUGUCCUAGUUCAAAAUAAUCAGUAAAAGCAUCAGAAUUUAAUCACCACAAGUUUUACACAGCCCUGACCUUUAGGAGUAAAGCAAAUUAAAGACAUUUUUAAAAGGAGUGAGUUUCUGCAGGCUUCUUCCCCAUGGUUUGUCUCUGCAGUGGACAGCAGGACAGGGCUGCUUGCUUUCCCAUUUGCAGCACAGGGAAAACAUGGUCCGACUUAAAAAAUCAGAAGAAAUAAUGGGGAAAAAUAUAGUUUAAAAAAAGAAAAAGUGAAACUUGGUUAUGCUAAGGAGCUGUGCAUGUGUGGUUUUGUGUGUGUGCAUAUGCAGGGGAAGGCUUCAGUCCUGUAGCAUAGUACAUGUUAGCAUGAUACAUAUUGUUUCUAAAUCUAUCUGCUGCUGCAGUUGAGAUGUUAAAAAGAUUUUAUUUUUGUUUUCAAUAUAUAAAGAAAAAAAAUUAGAACAGUGGCAAAAUCAUGUUGAGAGGCUAAAAAAAAAAAAAAAAAAAAAUCCUUGGGGGCAAGUUGAGUCAGUUUGUCAUCUGCUCCUGUUCUGGAAGCCAGCGAUGGUCUCUCAGCAUUGCAGCAUCCCAGUACUGUUCUGAAGUGCUCGUUGUUCAAUAGGAUGUUGUUUUUCUCCAGUGUAAUGUUGUGAUUGUUACCUGAUAACGUUGCCAGGGACUUCACGUUGUAAGAGGUGGUCCAUCUUGUUUGAUGUAUUUGGCUAAAAAACAGUGGUGGUUUUUUAUUAUUUAAAUUCCUAGCAACUGUGACAACAGUAAUGUGAUGAGUAGCACAUACAGCAAGGAGGUGAUGUCAAUGAUGGCCUCCUUAAAAAUGUCAUCUGAACUUUUUUUUAAAAAAAAAAACACCUUAAAAAAUAUUUUUAAAACAUUUUAAAACAUUUUUUUGUGUGUUCCAAAACGGAAUAUUUGUAUUUGAAAAAAAUCCUGGAGUGUAAUUUAAUCCUAAAAAAACUAGCCUUUGUGUAUAUGGUAAAUGUUUGUAUUUUGCAGUUUCUGUUUUGCUUUUUAGAGAAAUAAAAUGUAUAUGGAUAUUUUUAAGUCAUCUUUGCUUUUUUAGAUGAGUUUGUAAUCACCUUAUAAUUGAAAAUAAAACUUUCCUUUAUAAACCA